CAAACAUGCUGACAGCGGCUGAUCGUUUCUGCUGGCGGCGACGACACAGAGGAGUCCUGCUGUAAGAACUAACCGUUAUUAGUCCGCUGUUUGACAGCAGCGCCGCUUUGCGUCACAUUUAUCAUCGUAACCGCAGACAAAAUGUCCCUGCGCUACUACAACAAAGUGGCUGUUGUCACAGGAGGAUCCAAAGGGAUUGGCAGAGGGAUUGUCAGAGUGUUUGUGGAAAACGGAGCCAAAGUGGCGUUUUGUGGAAGAGAAAGUGCAGCAGGUGAAGCUUUAGAGGCGGAGCUUAACAAGACCGGACCAGGCUCGUGCAAGUUUGUCAGAAGUGACAUCUCCAAGGAAGAAGACAUAAAGAGGCUGAUCGCAGUCACAGUGGAGCAGUUUGGUCACAUCGACUGCCUGGUCAACAACGCAGGCUGGCACCCUCCUCAUAAACCCACUGACGACACCACAGCAGAGGAGUUCAGAGACUUGUUGAAUCUGAACCUCGUCAGCUACUUUUUGGCGUCUAAAUAUGUGUUACCUUACCUACGAGAGCGCCAAGGAAACAUCAUCAAUAUUUCCAGUCUUGUGGGAACUAUUGGUCAGAAAGAUGCUGCACCGUAUGUUGCCACAAAGGGGGCGAUCAUUUCCAUGACAAAGGCAAUGGCAGUGGAUGAGAGUCACUACAAUGUGAGAGUCAACUGCAUUUCACCAGGUAACGUGAUGACACCUCUGUGGGAGCAACUAGCAGCACAGACACCAGACGCAGCUGCCACCAUUAAAAUGGGGGAAAAUGCUCAGCUCAUGGGUCGAAUGGGGACUGAGGCUGAGUGUGGACUGGCUGCUUUAUAUCUCGCUGCCGAGGCCACUUUCUGCACCGGGAUUGACCUGCUGCUCAGUGGAGGAGCUGAACUGAACUACGGCUUCAAGAGCAGAUCCACUCCUAACAAUCCUGAGUGUCCUUGUGGCGGAGAUAUGUGCAAAUGUGCUGGUUACAUGACUAAAAUGAAUACUAAAUAAUUUUGGAUAUAAGGAAAGCA